AUGCCUCCAGGAUCCAUGGAUCUUGACGGGAAGGACAUGCUGCCAAUGGUGAGACGGUUCAGCACAGCAUCUGUAAAGGCCACGCCAACGACGGAGCCUGAUGAAACAGAGGAAAUGGAUAGAAGGCGACCUCAACUAAGAAAAUCAAAAUCCUGGGCCAAUGGCUUGGCGGCGAGUCCUCCUCCCGUGCCGAAGCUAGCCAUACCAAUACGUCCGCAAUUGAAAGCUGGACGAGUAGAGCCCGUGCAGGAACCGGUCGUUAUCAGCGACGAUCCUGCUGGUGAUUCUUCACCCAAACCUCAGGAUAGACCCAAAAGAAGUAUGCUGCCGUCCUGGAUGCGUCAUUUGAUUGACAAGGCAAAUGAGAUCAUGCGCCCUGCAGCCAAAGAAUACUUCCGGGAUACGACAGAUUACACCAAAAGGUUAGGCCUCGAUAGAGCCGAAGUGGAGGGCCUCAUGCAGUCUGGCAUGCAGGCCCGUCGAAACUCGCUAACUCCAGCAGCGCGCCUUCCCCGUAGCCGCACAGUGGCGUCCUUGGACUCGCAGGAAUUAUGGUCACCUGCACGCCAGCUUGCAGACAAACCCGUGGACCAGAAGGUCCGCCGGGACUCGCACGCUGGAACUUCGAGUCGCCGACUGUCUUCAACCCCAGCGCCGCGAAUUAUCCGCAGCCGUACAGUAGCAUCCUUCGCGGCCCUGGACUCUCAGGAGCUCAACAGCCUACAAAAGGAUGCCCGGCGAGUUCGCCGCAAUCGUGGCAGCUCCGACAGAUAG